AUGGAGGAUGUCGUCGGAAUGGAGCUGCCCAAUAUGCCCCUCGACAUUCAGUCGACCAGAGCAUCUCAAACGCCAUUCUACGAUAACAUUCGGCCGUUCAGCUGUGAGUUUUGCAACUCGACAUUCAAUCGGAGGGAUGUCCUCAAGCGCCACGAAAGGACUUGCAAGUCACGGUGUUCGUUUGGCACCGAACACCAGCCCUUGGAGGUGGAGGAGAGCUGCCCUUCGGAUGACAGAGCACAAAAGCGACAUCGCGUUUCGGUAUCCGCUAGUGGGAUAGACUUAAGAGCAGCCCCAGGUCCUUUUCCGCUCGCCGCAGAAACAACUCUGGACCCUCGAUAUGUGGACUUGCCACAUCUGUCCUCAUCUUUCACCGAGCCAAGCACGACAAUCAAUCCUCAUUUGCACUGCCAGAGUGAGUUAGUCUGGCGCGGGAAUGAACUUGCACUCUCAAACAGCACAUUUGAUCCCAUCGGUAGCGAUAAUGAGCCAGCAUUGAACAUGCCAUCGCCCCUCGAUUUCUCGUCCCUUGACUGCUUUCUGUUCCCUCAAAUGAAUACCGAUCUAUUCAUCGCGGAGCGAUUAGAAUUCAUGGCAUAUUUUACCAGCACGCAAGGGAUGAGAACAUUUUCCGAUCAAGAAUCCUUCCGACGGAGGCAGAAAAUGGCCCACGAUGCACACGAAGCAAAAUAUGCCCUGACUCAAAACGGAGGGCUCGACGGAAGUGACAUACCUGAUCUCAAGUGCCAGGAGCUGAUCGGAGACAUUCGAGACAUCGUCUCCAACAAACGAAAUGACGACGUGAUAACCCUGGAAUGGACGGCGUCGACCGAGCAGAUGUGCAGAGGCUUCUUCACAGCAUCAAAAACCCGCCGGUUCCUAGAUUACUUCUGGUCUCUCUGGUAUCCGCACUGCCCGAUCGUCCACAAACCCCUUUUCGAUGCGUCCUCCGCGUCUCCAGCAUUACUGUGCGUGAUGCUGAUAAUCGGAGCAUGUCUUUCGCCAGAUGAAAGCGAUCGAUCGACAGCACGGAAAUGGCUCGACUGUGUCGAGGAGCUGAUCUUUCGUCACUCUUAUUUUCGAAGUGAUCGGGAGCUCUCGCCUGAGCAGCGCCGUCCGAGGAAAGAGAUUGUGCAGUGUAUUCAAGCUGCUUAUCUGGUCAGUUCUUUGCAGAAACGUGAGGGCUCUGCGGAGGCGCAGGCGAGGAUCCGACGACACAGACAUGCCUCUAUGGUGGCGCUGGCAAGACAUAUCGGGCCAAGAAAGGCGUCUCAUAGGCACCUCGAGCUUAAUAAAGCGUCGAAUACCUGGUGGCAGCAGUUUGCUGGAGAAGAGGAACUGAUUCGAACUAUUAUCUUCGUGUUUCUCAUCGAUGCCGCCUUGACCAUAUUCCACAAUUCCCCACCACGAAUGGUCGUCCCAGAAUUGAAAAUGGACGUGGCUUGUCCAGAAGCCUGCUUUCAAGCAGAGUCAGCCGGAGAAUGCAUGAGGCAGCUCAAAUUCUGGGCAAAAACUAGGUUCUGGAAACACAGACUAUCCAUUGUUUCGGUCGUCCGACGCAUUUGUCAGUCCGCCAUAGAUGAGAGUCUUGUCCAAGAGUUCUCACAAUUGGGGACUUUGAACCUCUUCACCAUGGUGCAAUCAAUUCACUCGCUAAUGUUCCACCUUCACAACUCCCUCGUCUUUGAGUCAACGCUAGCUCCCAUCCAGACCGGUCUUGAGAACUGGCACCACAUCUGGAAUGUGCGCAUCCCAGAGGAUAACGAUAUCCCAGAUAUCCCCGGCAAUCUAUGGAAACAGGUCGGAUUCCUCCGUCAUGCCUCUGAAUUCUGGCAUCUGGCUCGGCUGCUCCUUGGGAAGAUGAUAUCGUCAAGUCAUAGUGAUCACGAUGAGCUGGAAGAGACUACGCAGCAGAUGUCUAGAUAUGAUCAUUCCGAUAUGGGAGAUGUGAAUGAGCUGAUUAUGGACUAUAGAAGGAUGGAAUUGGGGGUUGUGUGA